GGGCGGCUGGCGGGAUUUCCGGCUUUGGGGACACGCGUCGCCCCCGCGUCUCUAACCUGGACCACCCCCCGCUGCCCGGCCACGUCCAUGCCAAGGGCCCCCUGCCCAGUGCCAACAUGGCGGAGAGUGCCUCGCCGCCCUCAUCUGCCGCAGCCCCGGCCACUGAGCCCACAGUCACGGAGCAGCCGGGGCCCCAGAGUCCCCCUCCGUCCCCUCCAGGCCAGGAGCAGCCCCUGGAUGGAGCCGACCCGGACGUCCCACACCCGGACCUGGCCCCCGUUGCCUUCUUCUGCCUGCGACAGACCACCAGCCCCCGGAACUGGUGCAUCAAGAUGGUGUGUAACCCAUGGUUUGAGUGUGUCAGCAUGAUGGUGAUCCUGCUGAACUGCGUGACGCUCGGCAUGUACCAGCCCUGCGAUGACAUGGAUUGCCUGUCAGACCGCUGCAGGAUCCUGCAGGUCUUUGAUGACUUCAUCUUUAUCUUCUUUGCCAUGGAGAUGGUGCUUAAGAUGGUGGCCCUGGGCAUUUUUGGCAAGAAGUGCUACCUCGGGGACACGUGGAACCGCCUGGAUUUCUUCAUUGUCAUGGCAGGGAUGGUUGAGUACUCCCUGGACCUGCAGAACAUCAACCUGUCGGCCAUCCGCACCGUGCGUGUCCUGAGGCCCCUCAAAGCCAUCAACCGAGUGCCCAGUAUGCGGAUCCUGGUGAACCUGCUCCUGGACACACUGCCCAUGCUGGGGAACGUCCUCCUGCUCUGCUUCUUUGUCUUCUUCAUCUUUGGUAUCAUUGGUGUGCAGCUCUGGGCAGGCCUGCUGCGCAACCGCUGCUUCCUCGAGGAGAACUUCACCAUACAAGGGGACGUGGCCCUGCCCCCCUACUACCAGCCAGAGGAGGACGACGAGAUGCCCUUCAUCUGCUCCCUCUCGGGGGACAAUGGCAUCAUGGGCUGCCACGAGAUCCCCCCACUCAAGGAGCAGGGCCGCGAGUGCUGCCUGUCCAAGGACGACGUCUACGACUUCGGGGCGGGGCGCCAGGAGCUCAAUGCCAGCGGCCUCUGUGUCAACUGGAACCGCUACUACAACGUGUGCCGCACGGGCAGCGCCAACCCCCACAAGGGCGCCAUCAACUUUGACAACAUUGGCUACGCCUGGAUUGUCAUCUUCCAGGUGAUCACUCUGGAAGGCUGGGUGGAGAUCAUGUACUAUGUGAUGGAUGCGCACUCCUUCUACAACUUCAUCUAUUUUAUCCUGCUUAUCAUAGUGGGCUCCUUCUUCAUGAUCAACCUGUGCCUCGUUGUCAUAGCGACCCAGUUCUCGGAGACCAAGCAGCGGGAGCACCGGCUGAUGCUGGAGCAGCGGCAGCGCUACCUGUCGUCCAGCACGGUGGCCAGCUACGCCGAGCCCGGCGACUGCUAUGAGGAGAUCUUCCAGUACGUCUGCCACAUCCUGCGCAAGGCCAAGCGCCGCGCCCUGGGCCUCUACCAGGCCCUGCAGAGCCGGCACCAGGCCCUGGCCCCCGGGGCGCCCGCGUCCACCACGCCUGGGCCCCACGCCACGGAGCCCCGGCCGCGCAAGCUGUGCCCACGACACAGCCGCCAGGACGUGACGCCCCACGCGGUGGUGCAGCCCAUCUCCACCAUGCUGGCCCCGGAGCCCACCGGCUGCCCCCGCUGCCAGCUUGAGGCGGGCCUGGGCAGCAGCGACUCGGGCCAGGAGGGCUCGGGCUCCGGCUGCUCGGGCGGUGGCGAGGACCAGGCUGACGGGGAUGGGGCCCGGAGCAGCGAGGACGGGGCCUCUUCGGGGCUGGGGAAGGAGGACGAGGAGGAGCGUGCAGACGGGGCGGCCCGGUUGUGCGGGAACGUGUGGCGGGAGACACGGGCCAAGCUGCGGGGCAUCGUGGACAGCAAGUACUUCAACCGGGGCAUCAUGAUGGCCAUCCUGGUGAACACCAUCAGCAUGGGCAUCGAGCACCACGAGCAGCCUGAGGAGCUGACCAAUGUCCUGGAGAUCUGCAACGUGGUCUUCACCAGCAUGUUUGCAUUGGAGAUGAUCCUGAAGCUGGCCGCCUUCGGGCUCUUCGACUACCUGCACAACCCCUACAACAUCUUUGACAGCAUCAUCGUCAUCAUCAGCAUCUGGGAGAUCGUGGGGCAGGCGGAUGGCGGGCUCUCAGUGCUGCGGACCUUCCGGCUGCUGCGGGUGCUGAAGCUGGUUCGCUUCCUGCCAGCGCUGCGGCGCCAGCUCGUGGUGCUCGUGAAGACCAUGGACAACGUGGCCACCUUCUGCAUGCUGCUCAUGCUCUUCAUCUUCAUCUUUAGUAUCCUCGGGAUGCACAUCUUUGGCUGCAAAUUCAGCCUCCGCACAGACACGGGAGACACGGUCCCCGACAGGAAGAACUUUGACUCCCUGCUGUGGGCCAUCGUCACCGUGUUCCAGAUCCUCACCCAGGAGGACUGGAACGUCGUCCUCUACAAUGGCAUGGCCUCCACCUCCCCCUGGGCCUCCCUCUACUUUGUUGCCCUCAUGACUUUCGGCAACUACGUGCUCUUCAACCUGCUGGUGGCCAUCCUGGUGGAGGGCUUCCAGGCGGAGGGCGACGCCAAUCGCUCCUACUCGGACGAGGACCAGAGCUCAUCCAACACGGAGGAGUUUGACAAGCUGCAGGAGGGACUGGAGAGUGGUGCAGAUCCCAAGCUCUGCCGAAUCCCCAUGACUCCCAAUGGGCACCUGGACUCCAGUCUCCCGCUGGGUGGCCAUCUGGGCCCUACUGGGUCCGCGGCACCUGCCCCCUGCCUCUCACUGCAGGCAGACCCCAUGCUGGUGGCCCUGGGGUCCCGCAAGAGCAGCGUCAUGUCACUGGGGAGGAUGAGCUAUGAUCAGCGCUCUCUGUCCAGCUCCCGGAGCUCCUACUACGGGCCGUGGGGCCGCAGCGGGGCCUGGGCCAGCCGCCGCUCCAGCUGGAAUAGCCUCAAGCACAAGUCGCCGUCGGCCGAGCACGAGUCCCUGCUCUCGGCGGAGCGGGGCGCCCGGGCCUGCGAGGGCGCCCGGGACGAGGGGCCGCCGCGGGCCGCGCCCCUGCACGCCCUGCACGCCCACCACGCGCACCACGGCCCCUACCCGGGGCACCGCCACCGCCACCACCGCCGGACGCUCUCGCUCGACACCAGGGACUCGGUGGACCUGGCCGAGCUGGUGCCCGCCGGGGGCGCGCACCCCCGGACGGCCAGGAGGGCGGCGGGCUUGGCCCCCGGGCACGAGGACUGCAAUGGCAGGAUGCCCAGCUUCGCCAAGGACGUCUUCACCAAGAUGGGCGACCGCCAAGAUCGCGGGGAGGACGAGGAGGAGAUCGACUACACUCUUUGCUUCCGUGUCCGCAAAAUGAUCGAUGUCUACAAGCCCGACUGGUGCGAGGUCCGCGAGGACUGGUCCGUCUACCUCUUCUCCCCCCAGAACAGGUUCCGGGUGCUGUGUCAGACCAUCAUCGCCCACAAGCUCUUCGACUAUGUCGUCCUGGCCUUCAUCUUCCUCAACUGCAUCACCAUCGCCCUAGAGCGGCCCCAGAUCGAGGCUGGCAGCACCGAACGCAUCUUCCUCACCGUGUCCAACUACAUCUUCACCGCCAUCUUCGUGGGCGAGAUGACACUGAAGGUGGUCUCGCUGGGCCUGUACUUCGGCGAGCAGGCCUAUCUGCGCAGCAGCUGGAACGUGCUGGACGGCUUCCUCGUCUUCGUGUCGCUCAUCGACAUCGUGGUGUCCGUGGCCUCGGCCGGGGGAGCCAAGAUCUUGGGGGUCCUCCGGGUCCUGCGGCUCCUGCGCACGCUACGCCCCCUGCGGGUCAUCAGCCGGGCCCCCGGCCUGAAGCUGGUGGUGGAGACUCUCAUCUCCUCCCUCAAGCCCAUCGGCAACAUUGUCCUCAUCUGCUGUGCCUUCUUCAUCAUCUUUGGCAUCCUGGGGGUGCAGCUUUUCAAGGGGAAGUUCUACCACUGCCUGGGUGUGGACACCCGCAACAUCACCAACCGCUCUGACUGUGUAGCUGCCAACUACCGCUGGGUCCAUCACAAAUACAACUUCGACAACCUGGGCCAGGCCCUGAUGUCCCUCUUUGUCCUGGCCUCCAAGGACGGCUGGGUGAACAUCAUGUACAACGGACUGGAUGCCGUGGCUGUGGACCAGCAGCCCGUGACCAAUCACAACCCCUGGAUGCUGCUGUACUUCAUCUCCUUCCUGCUCAUCGUCAGCUUCUUCGUGCUCAACAUGUUCGUGGGCGUGGUGGUGGAGAACUUCCACAAGUGCCGGCAGCACCAGGAGGCCGAGGAGGCGCGGCGGCGCGAGGAGAAGCGGCUGCGGCGCCUGGAAAAGAAGCGCCGGAAGGCGCAGCGGCUGCCCUACUACGCCACUUACUGCCCCACUCGGCUGUUCAUCCACUCCAUGUGCACCAGCCACUACCUGGACAUCUUCAUCACCUUCAUCAUCUGCCUCAACGUGGUCACCAUGUCCCUGGAACACUACAACCAGCCCACCUCCCUGGAGACAGCUCUCAAGUACUGUAACUAUAUGUUCACCACUGUAUUUGUGCUGGAGGCUGUGCUGAAGCUGGUGGCAUUUGGCCUGAGGCGCUUCUUCAAGGACCGGUGGAACCAGCUGGACUUGGCCAUCGUGCUGCUGUCGGUGAUGGGCAUCACGCUGGAGGAGAUCGAGAUCAAUGCGGCCCUGCCCAUCAACCCCACCAUCAUCCGCAUCAUGAGGGUCCUGCGCAUCGCCCGGGUGCUGAAGCUGCUGAAGAUGGCCACGGGGAUGCGGGCCCUGCUGGACACGGUGGUGCAAGCCCUGCCCCAGGUGGGCAACCUGGGCCUCCUCUUCAUGCUGCUCUUCUUCAUCUACGCUGCCCUGGGCGUGGAGCUCUUUGGGAAGCUGGUCUGCAACGAGGAGAACCCGUGUGAGGGCAUGAGCCGGCACGCCACCUUCGAGAACUUUGGCAUGGCCUUCCUCACACUCUUCCAGGUCUCCACCGGUGACAACUGGAACGGCAUCAUGAAGGACACGUUGCGGGACUGCACCCACGACGAGCGCAGCUGCCUGAGCAGCCUGCAGUUCGUGUCGCCGCUGUACUUCGUCAGCUUCGUGCUCACGGCCCAGUUCGUGCUCAUCAAUGUGGUGGUGGCCGUGCUCAUGAAACACCUGGACGACAGCAACAAGGAAGCGCAGGAGGACGCCGAGAUGGACGCCGAGAUCGAGCUGGAGAUGGCUCACGGCCUGGGCCCGGGUCCCAGCCCCAGCCCGCGGCCGCCCCCCAGCUCCCCGGGGGUCCCCGGCCGGGUCCCAGCGGGGGCAGGCAGCGGGGGCGACCCCGAGGGCCGCCUGUGCCGGCGCUGCUUCUCUCCAGCCCAGGAGAACCUGUGGCUGGACAGCGUCUCUUUAAUCAUCAAGGACUCCUUGGAGGGGGAGCUGACCAUCAUCGACAACCUGUCCGGCUCCGUCUUCCACCACUACUCCUCGCCUGCUGGCUGCAAGAAGUGUCACCAUGAUAAGCAAGAGGUGCAGCUGGCCGAGACAGAGGCCUUCUCCCUGAACUCAGACAGGUCCUCGUCCAUCCUGCUCGGUGAUGACCUGAGCCUUGAGGACCCCACCGCCUGCCUGCCUGGCCCCAAAGACAGCAAGGUUGAGCCGGACCCACCGGAGCCCAUCCAUGUGGGGGACCUGGGCGAGUGCUUCUUCCCCUUGUCCAACACGGCCGUCUCGGCAGAUCCCGAGAGAUACCUCUGCGAGAUGGAGGCCAUCCCAUUCAAUCCCGUCCGGUCCUGGCUGAAACACGAGAGCAGCCAAGCGCCCCCGAGCGCCUUCCUCCCGGACGCCUCCAGCGCUCUCCUGCCCACGCCAGCCGAGUUCUUCCACCCUGCCGUGGCCGCCAGCCAGAAAGGGCCGGGGAAGGUCAGCGGCCCUGGGACCCUCCCCAAGAUCGCACUGCAGGGCUCUUGGGCGUCCUUACGGUCGCCGAGCGUCAACUGCGCCCUCCUCCGGCAGGCCACAGGGAGCGACACGUCGCUGGACGCCAGCCGCAGCAGCUCGGCCGGCAGCCUGCAGACCACGCUGGAGGACAGCCUGACCCUCAGCGACAGCCCCCGGCGUGCCCUGGGGCCACCUGCGCCCACACUGGGCCCCCGGGCUGGCCCGUCCCCCGCCACCUGCCGCCGCCUGAGCCUGCGGGGCCGGGGCCUGUUCAGCCUGCGCGGACUGCGGGCCCACCAGCGCAGCCACAGCAGCGGGGGCUCCACCAGCCCCGGCUGCACCCACCACGACUCCAUGGACCCCUCGGAUGAGGAGGGGGUGGGCAGCAGCCGGGCCGGCCAGGGUGGCGGGGGUGCGGGCAGCGAGCACUCGGAGACCCUCAGCAGCCUGUCACUCACCUCCCUCUUCUGCCCGCCGCCCCCGCUGCCGCCCCCCGGGCUCACGCCCCGCAGGAAAUUCAGCAGCACCAGCAGCCUGGCCGCCGGCCCCGGGCGCCCCUGCGCCGCCCCAGCCCAGCACCACGGCCUGCCCCGGAGCCCCUCCUGGGCCCCCGAGCACAGCAAGGACCGGGCCCAGCCGGCCGCGGGCCUGGGCCCCUCCCAGCCGGAGCCCCAGCCGCCCCCGGGGGAGCGGCAGCCCAGAGACGCCGUGAGCAAGAGGAAGAGAUGAGGGCGCCUCCGGGGCCCUGCUGGACACCCACCGCCCGCCUGCCCCGUCUCAGUCUCUUACCUCAGGAGCCGGGGAGCAGGCAGCAAUACCUUGUCCACAACCCGGGAGCAGCCCAGGGGCCGCCGAGCCGCCGAGCAGGCGAGAUCCAGUAGGGUCUGGGUUAGCCAAGGCCCAGCUGUGGCCCCCCACAGCCCUUCCCGUGCAUAUGCGUAUGUACAUAUGUAUACACACACGCACACGCAUAUAUACAGACAUAUAUAUAUAUUUAUUUUUUUUACUGAGAGCUAAGACUUCCGGGAAGUGCUCCAGUUGGGGAGUGCGGGCCAGGGCCUGUGGGGGGCUGGCUUUCGUCUGACUCUUAGAACCCAGUCCAGGCGCACCCCAGGGCGGAUGGCCCUGUUGGCGGUUGGGUUUUGGGGAGUCUACCCCCGGUUGAGAGCAGCCUGGCGAGGGCCCUCCGGUCUCUGUGGUUCCUUUGUCUGGGAGACGGGCCCAGAGGGAGAGGUGAAAUUCAGGGUGCAUUUUUUUCCCUUAAAAAAGAAAUGCUGCUGUGAUCCCGCACCGUCCCCCACGUGUCGGGGUGUCUGUCUCGUCAUCCCUGACCCUCUAGUUCUGAACAGGCUUUUGUAGAUGCCCCAGAGCUCCCAAACUCUCUUAGUCAACCAGUUAGAUGUCUUUCUCUAGAAAAAUCAGGGCUGAGUCGUCGUGUUUCCCUAGGGCAGAGGGUGAGGUGCAGGCGGAGGGCAGCAGGGGCCCACGGCCCCAGUGGGCACUGCAGGGGGCUGUGCUGUGACCUUGCCCCCAGGAAGGCUGAGGGCAGAGAUAGGGGCAGCGGGAGAGAGGAGAGGCGAAGGGCGUUACCACGAGCUGCUCUCAGGGGCGGCAGGAGCAGCGAGACGGGUGCCCUGGGUGGCAGGUGGUCAGCUGCGUGGCGACUUACGGCCUUUUACCCCCAGGCGGGGCCCGGAGUUCAGGUCUGGCAGGAUUCCAGGCGGGGGUGGGGGCCCAGCGGGGACCCUGCCCCCUGUCCCCCGCCCCUGCUCCUUCUGACUGUCACCGGGAGCCCCACGCCCUUCUGACUCCGUCUGUCCGUCUCCCCUCGUGCCUCCAUCCCUUUCCCAAAGCUGCAGAUCAGGUUUCAUUAUAGCAGUGCUUCCCAAACGGGUUUGUGGAUGGGUAUUUUUUUAUUUGAAUAGCUAUGUAUUUAUUAGGGAAAAAAUUAGUACAUUGAACCUGCGAUUUCACAGGUAUAUUGCUUAGGGCAAGGCUAACUUUUAAAAAGUGAGUGGAUUUAAAGUCGAUUUGAAGAAGAUUGGGAGAAAGGUGGAAGGGGGUCUGCAGACGUGGCCGCUUGUGGGCUGGGAGGACGCAGCCAGCUGGGGAGACACUGCGCUUGAGCAAUAACUGGGGUCCCCCAAGCCUUCGCCGGGCUCUCCCCCAAGGGCUUUGGCUGGGCCCUACUGAGGGGCUUGUCCCUGCACCCAAACCCUGACCUGCAGGAGCUCGGUUCAAGCCAGGCUGCUCAGGGGGCUCUGGGCGUCUCCUGGGCUGGCACGGCAGCCUCUGGAGCCUGGGCGCUGAGGGCAGGCACGGAAGCAAUGGCCUCCCGAGCUGCCCUUGGCGAACUCUUAGAACCCAGGUGGUGAGGGCGGGGCAGGGUUGUCAGACCCACUUCACCUGAGAGGAAACCGAGGCCUGGAGAGGGGAGAGCACCAGCUGGGAUCCCACAGGGCUCUGGCAGAGAAGCUGGGAGCCUGCAGAGGCCCACGCCGUCGGUCCCGGGUUUGCCGUGGGCCUCCCGGAGCCUCCCUCUGCUCGCUGGAGACGUGCGGGUGGUGAAAGCGUCUCUGUGAAGGGCCGCACCUGAGAGACCAGGAGGGACCUGGGCCCUGGGCUCUGCCUGUCCCCCAGCAGGGCUCACAAAUAGGCUCUCACAGCCCCCCUGGGCUGGUGCUCCCUGAGAGCCUCAGAGUGAUGUCACCUGUCCUCCCCCUUGGGGUGCAGGUGAACCUGGGGUUCGCCUCCUGCCUCUGCUCCUGGCCCGGGCUGCCCCAUAAAGGCCCUCUGGCUGCUGGGGCGGCUGGACUCAGGUCCCAGGUGCCAUGUGUGGCAGCUCCUGAGAGCUUUUCUGCCCUGCGUGUGGGUUACCUUGUCUGGGGGAGAAGAAGGGACAGGUAAGCUGGUCUGGGGCCUUGGGCCUCGCCCUCCCUCCUAGCGCCACGCUGGCUUUACCUGGUGGAGCUGCUUCAGCUGGUGCCCACGGGGGCUGCCCUCAGCGCUCUCAGACGGGAGGUAGACCCCUGGCAGGCGUGCCCAUUGGCCGUGCAAGUCCACCUGUGACAGGUGCCUACUCGAGGGAUGUGUUGUGCGUGUGUCUGGGCCCAGGAGAGGGGUGGCAAUGCCAGGACAGGGAGGGCUUCAAGGGGAGGUGCUUUGACACCUGGGGUGGCCUCCAUGUGCCAGACCCCUGCGUCCUCCCGUGGCCCUUCCCGACGCGAACUGCUGCUCUACAGAGAGGGGAGUGACUUCCCUGCUGUCGUGGGGUGGCAAGUAGCCAGGCCAGGAACAUAUCCCAGGCGUGUCUGACCUGAAGCCGCCCCCGCUCUGAAUCCUGUGAGCCCGGAAUGGCAUGGGCAUGGGGUGGGGGGCGCCUAGGCCUGGGCACAGGUGUGAGGUGGAAGGCUCGGCCUGAGCAGGGGUGGGAGAUGCCACUGGUUUCAAAUGCUGGUCCCAGCUCUCGGCCUCCUCACCUGGAUGGUGGGGGUCCGGGGGAGCUGUGAGGGGCCGCCAGGAUGCUCCAGAUGGCAAAGGGCUGGGCAGAUGGCGCUCUCCCCCCUCCCCAACCCUGGGGCGUGGGGCUGACCCGUCACAAAAGCACAAACUUCUCCUCACCCCUGGGCCUGGCCUGACACCCGUGCUGUCUGUUUGCAGGGCUCUGCGGAGUGGUGGCUGGGGGGUGCCCAGCAGCUGCAUGGAGGGACCCAAGGCCAGAGGGGGGCCUACGGCCUGCCCUUGGCCAAGCCCUGUUCCUGCGCUGGCCCAGCCUGGUCCUGCACUCGGCCGUCUUGGCAGGAGGACCAGGUGGGCCCAGCGUCAGCCCUUCGGCCCGUCUUCCCUGAUCUUUCCGGAACCCUCCGAUUCCAGGGCUGGCUCCAGCCCCCUUUGCUGCGCUGUGUAAGGGCUCGGGGUUCUAGAAGCCGCUGUCCAGCCCACAUACACGUUCUUUUUGUCUUUGUGCAAUAAUCAGUGUCCGGCUGAGCCCAGGCCGAGCUGCUGUUGGCGGGAGGCGGGGGCCACCCCAGGCACCCUUGGCCGGGCCCGCGGCAUGACUCGGUCGCUGUGCAGCCCCUGUGGUGUGAGUGACCCUGCCUCCUAGUACCUGCUGGCCCCAGUGGCCGGGCGCAGAGCAGCCGAGCGGCACCGCCACCAGUGCGUUCUGAAUAAAAUCCCAGAAGCCUC